UUUCCAAUAUUUGUGUCUGUUUUUAUCUUCCCUGUCUACUUCAGAUGCAGACACCCACCAAGAAAUCCAAAACCGAAGUCACAGGCUUCAUUCAUAAUGUUUCACCGAUCAAGAUGAGCCAGAAGCAAAAACCUUACUUCACGGCAACGAUCCAAGAAGAGACGACAUACAGGGACAUCGUUGUGUUCAAUAAGCAACAGCACUCUGCUUUUAAUGAUAUUGCAACUAGCAAAAGCCCAGUUGUGCUCACCAAUCCAACCCUCCGCCCUGCGUUGCACAACCCCAAAGAGCUCUCUGUGUUGGUUGGAAGCAGUACAUCAGUGGACAUCAUACCAACUCUACACUUCAUUCACCAACAACCAAGCACCAGAAUGGAAAACAAAACCAUAACCAUAGCUGAAAUAUUAGCUAAACCAAGAAAUCGUCAACAGGUUAAUAUCAAAGUCAAAAUUCAAGACAUCCGAGACAACACCACCCGUUGGCUUCAACACGAAUGCCGGGAGAUACAGAUGUCUACCUACUCCGUCGCCGACAGCACUGCCAGUAUCCUGCUAACUACGUGGAACAACAUGGACCUCAGUAUAAACAGCUGGUACACCCUCUCACCUGUCACUGUUAAGGACUAUAACAACACCAUCACUGUCAGCACAUCACCAUCCACCACAGCAGAGACCAUCAAUCGACCCCCCAGACAUGGUGUAGCUGCACCAGUAAUAGACAACUCAGAAGAAGUCACUGGACUCAUCAUUGGAGCCAUGACUACAUCAACCAUCACCUGUCCCAAAAGGCACCCUCUUCCCAACUGUCCUCCUGGUGCACCUUUCCACAUGUGCCCUACAUGUAACCAACAUUAUAUUACACCAAAGCUCCGGCACCAAUGGAAUGUUACCCUCACAUUGGCGCUAAAUGACACCACUACAAGAGAAUUGAAGAUGGAUCAUACAGUCGUCCUAAACACGGCACCGAAGCACAUCUACCUGGACACAGACCCAAUCACAGUCACUGCACAUUUCCUGUCCAUAGGCUUAGUAACUGUGCAUGUCAAAGAUGAUGCUGUUUCAACACUACACCCCUGCACAGCUUCUGCAUCUGUUCAAGAAGAUACAGACAUCGCUGAUGAGACCCUCUUGACUUUUUUGGAUGAAACGCCUUCUACCAGUGACGUGUAA